UGGAAAUAAAAAUUUGGCAUUGAACGAGACCAAACUAUUUUCAAGAUGGCAGCUCUCAGAUGUGUUUUCAGACUUUCUUCUUUACGACCGCAAUUUUGUCGUUCCCCGGCAAUUUUGCGUCAGUUUUCACCAAGUUCAAGAUACUGCACUGUAACGGAAACAGUAACACACACUGGACAGGCCUUUGAUGAGGGUGAUUACAGGAGACUAAGGUACAUCCAGAGAGAGAAGGAGGUGAAUGAGAAAUUUGCAAUCGAUCUUGUCAAUGAAGAGCCACCAAAAGAAAUAGCAGCCAGCAGUGUGUGGUGUGACGGAGGCGAUCCCUCGACAGGCCAUCCCAGAGUCUACAUCAACCUCGACAAGCCAGGACCCCAUGCUUGUGGCUACUGUGGUUUGCGAUACAUCCAGAAGGCUCAUUGACACAACCAGAAGAAGUUUAUUUAGCAGAAAGAAAUUAGAGGAAUUACAGUGUAUAAGGUUCAGAUUUUCCAUCAUCAAUUAAUGAUGGACUGUUUUUUACACUCACAUGCCAGCGUUCAGUGAAAAAUGGUUAUUUUGAAGCAAUUCGUUCUGGAGAAACAUGGCCACGGGUUUGUUGCUUGCUUCUACACGUGAGCCUGGAUGGCUGAAUGUACAAUGCAUAAAUGUACAGUCCGUCCUUCCAUUUCUCAGUCUUCUUCAACAAAGACAAAGCUUGUUGUAUCAGCGUUUCGACAGGCAUGAAUUUAUGAAAAGAAGCUUACAAGCAGAUUCCCACAGUGAUAGAAUGUUUCCUUAGGAGUUUAAAACUAUUAAAACAAUUGAGUCUGAAUGCUUUGACGAGACUGUUCAUUACUCACAAAAGCUAACACAAUGCGUAUGUGUAAUUAUGAGUGGACGAAAACUUACUCUUUGUAAAACACGUUUUAGGGCCAUUUAAAAAAAAACUAGAUCGAGCUGAUAUACGAAAGAAAUUUUGUUCCUUUCUUGGAGGACUCACGUGUGCCGGUGGUACACAGGUGAGUGUGUUAUUGGGUUCUAAACAAACCAAUACUUGUAGGAAAAUGUUGCUUGUGUGUCUUCCCAGAGAUCCACACAUUUGUCACUGAUUAAGAGCGUGAGAAAUGAAAGUCUGUGACAACCAAUUAGAGUUGCUGUUUUAUGUACAUAUGAAAUAAAGUCUUUAGGCCCUAUCUUCA